AGGAAUCAUUUUCUCAAGAUAUAAAUACUACGGGUACAAAAAAAUACUAGGAAACUCAAUGUCAUGUCUUUGCCUACCUUUAUUGAUUUACACUACCAGUUAUUCGGUGCAAUAAACGUACCCUGUUGUUGACUUUGUGAAAAGGUAUGAGCCCGCGAUCCCUGCCUCGUCAGUGUAAACAUAAAGAUGGCAGAUUUCGAUGCCAUUAACACCAUCGAGAGAGACGAAGAGGAGAAUUCUUCCUCAUCCCUCGAGUCUUACACACAGACGCCUGAGCCAGUGAUAAUUAGAGGAGCAGGCAAUAUCACAGUAUUCGGCCUAAGUAACCGGUUUUGCCGGGACUUUCCAACAGCACUUACGGGCAGAUUAGCCCCGGAGGAAUUUGCAGGCUCAGUAUCCCGUGUAAAUACUGUGCUCAGGAAGACUUUACCCGUGUCUGCUCGAUGGCUUCUAUGCGGCUGCUGCUUCUGUCUUUGUACCUGUGGUUGUUCACUCUGGCCAGUGAUAUGUCUUAGUAAAAGGACUCGGAAUGCUAUUGAAAAGACUCUAGAGGCAGAAAACACAAACCUAUAUCACAAGCUUGGCCUUCACUGGAGAUUGUCAAGACAAAGAUGUGAUAAUUCCUCACUUAUGGAAUAU